CAACUCACAUAUCAUAUCAAUUGAUAUUUAGCAGAAAACGAGGUUGUAGUUCUUGCUAAAUAACAAGUAUAACAAAUAUUUCAUCCAUCGAUCGAUCAAACAUGAACAAGAUUCAUCGUAUUGUCACACUAUUGCACUACUCUUUCUUCUUCGCCAUCCUUCUUUCUUCCUUAAUCUCGGCUCAAGAAGUUGAGGAUGAGAAAGAGUUUAGCUACGAUGAAAAUAGUGAGAUCGGUCCUGCGCAUUGGGGAGAAAUCCACGAAGAAUGGAAAAAAUGCAAUAUAGGAAAAAUGCAAUCGCCGAUCGAUAUGACCAACGAGAGGGUUCAAAUAGUGUCGCAUUUGGGAAGACUUAAAAGGUUUUACAAGCCGGCAAAUGCUACCCUAAUCAACCGAGGACAUGAUAUGAUGAUAAGAUGGGGAAAUGGAGCUGGGCAUAUUGAGAUCAAUGGAAGCCUUUAUCAACUUAGACAGUGCCAUUGGCACACACCUUCUGAACACACCAUCAAUGGCAGAAGGUUUGAUAUGGAAGUUCAUCUCGUCCAUCAAACUAAUGACAAUCGAACGGCUGUGAUUGGCAUCAUGUAUAAAAUUGGACGGCCCGAUUCCUUCCUUUCCAUGAUGAAACACAAUUUAAAGGCAAUUGCCGACACUCGUGAUGUCGAAAAGACCAUUGGAAUUAUCGAUCCAAGACUCAUAAAAUUUGGAAGUCGCAAGUAUUAUAGGUAUAUUGGAUCAUUGACGACCCCUCCUUGCACACAAGAUAUUAUAUGGACGAUUGUGAAAAAGAUAAGAACAGUUACAAGAGAACAAGUAGUUACGAUUCGCGACGCUGUUCAUGAUGAAUCCGAAAGGAAUGCAAGACCUGUUCAAUCGAUACAUGAUCGCCAUGUGAAUCUUUAUAGGCCAAGGGAUAUCGAAAAUUAAAAUUCAUUCGCAAACUAUAUGUUUUUUAGUGUGUAUGAAUAAGACCAUGUCUCAUUUAUUUAUAGGUUAGAAAUACGAACAAAUGAGAUCAUAAUAUUUGUUGU